UAAAUUUAGAGUGUAACACAAAUACACACACAGGGGAAAUACCAGACACACCUUGGGGAAAGAGAACUGUCAUUACACGAAAGGAGGAAAAAUAAAGAUACACGCGGUUGUAAUUUGGAGAUUAAAUUCGACUUUAAUUUAGCGAUUUAAACCCGGAAUAUAACACAACAUUUGGCGACGAGUGGAAAAACGAACCCCAAGAAGCGUGGAAGUGAUCUGGAUUGAAUUCGGCCGCGGAAAACGUUAAAUCGGUGCGGAAGUCGGCACGCCAAGGGAGCCGUUCGACAACAUAAACAAAGCAGAAAAGAAGAAGUAACCAAUUCGGACGACAAGAGGAGGAUUCAAUUCGUUUGAAUUUGGCGAAGAUGGAAGGAGGAAACAACGCAGGUUUGGCACCGUUCGUUCCCGGGGACACGUCCACCGUCUCCGCCCGAUGGAAGAAAUGGAAACGUUCGUUUGAAAUCUUUCUGGACGUAAACAACGUCGCAAUCGCCGCACGCAAGAAGUCGUACCUCCUCCACUACGUUGGACCGCUGGUUCAGGAUGUGUACUUCAGCUUGCAGGGCGAUAACGAACCGGAUGUUCCGACGGGCUCCGACGUGUUUCAAGAGGCGCUGAAGCUGCUGGACGAGUACUUCCUGCCGAUGAAGUGUCUCCCGCUGGAGCGGCACAAAUUCCGAAACCUUGUUCAAGCCGGCGACGAGCCCGUCGAAUGUUUCGUCCUCCGGCUGCGAGAGCAAGGCAACCUCUGCGAGUAUGGUGACCACUUGGACGAAGAAAUCAAGGAGCAGAUUUUCGAGAAAGGCGCGUCGGAUGAUCUGCGCGCGAAGAUUUUAAAUAAGCCUCAGAUGACUCUGGCCGAAACAGUUGAAGCUGGUCGUUCGUUGGAGACAAUCGGAAAGCACAAGAACAAUUCGGCACUGGGCCCGGCACCAGUGGAGAGCAGUGUGGAGGUUAACAAAAUCCGAUCGAGGACUCGGCUGAACCGGGAGUGCUAUCGUUGCGGCAAGUUGGGUCAUUUCGCCAACGAUGAGAACUGCCCGGCGAAAGACCAGAAGUGCAAGCGCUGCGGCAUGGUGGGACACUUUAAGAGUUGCUGCAAGACGAAGAAGCACACAUCAACGAAGGGAAAGCGGCUGCGGCAGGUGACUGGUCGACGCGGAAGUGACUCGGAGGACUCGGACGAAUCGGAGCAGCAAAGUGAUGACUCGGAGGAGGAGAGCGUCCAGUAUUUGUUUGCAACAGAGCCAGGACGAAAAGGUACAGUUGCCUGCACUGUGGGAAGCGUUCGUACUAACUUUGUGAUUGAUUCGGGUGCCGGCGUUAACGUAAUCGACCGACGAACCUGGGAGCAACUCAAGAAAGAAAAAGUCCGCGUCAAGUCCCAAAAGCCUUUGGUGAAGAAAACUUUGCUUUCGUAUUCUGGCCAUCCCGUUGAAGUUGCUGGAAUGUUCUCGGCGGAAGUGGCAACAAAGAGGACGUCCACUGUUGCUAAGUUCUACGUUGCCGAAAACGGAAACUGCUGCUUGCUGGGUCGGAAGACGUCAGAAGCGCUCGGAAUACUAAACAUCAAUACGGAAGCGUGCGCUCCGCUCACACAGGAAGGUCGUGCAGCGGCUAUUAAGUUGAAAUGUCAGCUGGAAUAGAACGAGACUAGAGGACGAUACGGAGCUGGAAGCGAGUCGAAGCCAAACGGAUACUUUUCGAGCAAACCGGAAGAAGGAGAGAUUGUUGUGUUCUGAGGAAACUAAAUUUAGAGUGUAACACAAAUACACACACAGGGGAAAUACCAGACACACCUUGGGGAAAGAGAACUGUCAUUACACGAAAGGAGGAAAAAUAAAGAUACACGCGGUUGUAAUUUGGAGAUUAAAUUCGACUUUAAUUUAGCGAUUUAAACCCGGAAUAUAACACAACAGUGUAUAGUACCUUUAACAAAAUAUUCUAGAAGUGAAGACACAGAUUGAACUUGACAUGCUGACCAGGAACGGAAAAUCAAAGCAUCGAAGUCACUCGAGGCGGGGUACGAUCUAGAGAUCCUAAAUCCCAUUUAGGGUCUCUAGUACGAUGCCCCGUUCUUUUGGAUUGGUAACCAAAAAUUCUAACCACUAGGCAAAGGUGACUAAGUUUAGAUUGGAAUACUGCCCCAAGUAACCGUCCAGCACUAAAACAAAAACUUAAUCAGCAAUUGUUCAGCACUCUAAUGCAUGUUAGUCGUGCACCGGCACGUCUUAAUGCAGAUCAGCACUAAGAUUGUAGCACUCAGUAUUGCUGAAUAAGUGCUGCUUAAGUGCUGGUGCUGGCAACUAUGCUCAUCGGUUUUCUAAAAACUGGCAACUAGGCCUUGCACACGUAGGAAGAGGGAGUGAGACAGCAGAAAUGUCAACAUUUUCUUACCAUCAGUUUGUUUGAGUUUGCUGGAUUAAAAAUAUAUCAAAACUUGUUCCUUGUAACUUAUUUUUCUCCCUGGCAAGGAUCUAGAUAUGUAGAAGGUCGACUCACAGCAGUCCUGCGAUGGAAAUUUGCCAUCAUUCUUUUCCGGGAGACGUGACGACGUUAGGGCCGGAAACCCGUAUUAAAUAGAAUCAGCCUAGGAAUCAGCCGGUAUAGUGGACAUGCAGUCCUGGAUGUGUAAAAAAAAACCAUCAUUGGCAAAAAAAAUCAACUCCAAGGCAUCUGGGUAUCAUAGUGUUUCGACGACUUCAACUUCCGGGUACUUCUUCUGGUCUAACAUAUAAUCAAUUUUCGUCGUGUUCCCCACGGGUUUGUUUCGAGUGUUUUUUAUUUCUUGCGUGUAAUUCUUUACUGUGUGAAAUAAAAUGUUAUAUGAUGUACAAAAUGAUUUCACUUCGUUGUUUAAUUGAUCCAAUCUUGAGCAACCAUUGCACUUACAAAAAGCGUAAUGAUUGAACAUGGUGAUGUUAUCAUUCAAGUCGAUACCAAGUUGCAAAAUCAAAUCAAUGAUCCACUUCCAAUUUAGACGAGAGGAUAAAGGCUUCAGGAACAGAUCUACCCCCAGCGAUGGCAGCUUGCAACUUCUGGUAUCAACUCCCGGACAA